GCAUCUUACCCGUAUUGAUUUACAACCCAGGGAUGAAAUUGCUAGUGCGCAUGCUUACGUGCUCGUUCAGCUGUUUAGAAACAACAAAAGAGAUUAUUAGCAUUCGAUGAGCACCCCGGCUCAGUAAAUGGUGGAUUCCUUGUAACAGCCAACGCCCCUAGAACAGGCACAGAGAAGUUCGGCUUACUCAUCUACUAAAAUUACCGGAAGAAGUGUUUUGUACACCGUGGAAGGAUUAUAAGGAGUAUUACUUGGAAGAUUUGGCUAGUAGGUAAGACCAGAGAAGGCUCUUGUGAGUCUAAAAUAAGCUAUCAAUUCACUGUAGCUGAAUGUCCCACCUGGCGACUGCAUAGAAUUCCACGUGAAUUUCGUUUCAAACAGCUACUGAGUUACGUAGUAGGUAUAAAGAGGUAGGCAGUACAAGAGUAACAUACGAACAAGCACACUUUUUAUAAAGUAGUCUGCUACAGUAAUAGAUACAAAAUGACGGAAUUGAAAUACUGCUGUGGACUAGUGAACAGUGACAAGAAAUAUCUCAGCGUGGGCUUCGCAAACUCUGUUAAUGCUGAUGGUACGUCGUUAAAAGCAAAGCAAAGAUGGAAUUUAGAACAAGGAGGAGACGACACCGUGUAUCUUAAACACAGUAACUUCUACCUGACGACAGAUAAGAUGGGUAAUGUUACAUGCGCGGAGGAUAAGACAGACGAUGCUAAGUUUCGAGUGGAGACCCAGACAGAUGGAAGAUGGGCCUUUAGAAGUGUUCCAUACGAUAAAUACUUAGGGUGUUCCGAUACCGUGAAUACAAACGCAACGAAAGCAGAAGAGAGGCAGUUAUGGACUGUACACAUGGAUAUACACCCACAAGUGAAUAUUCGAAGCAACAUUCGCGACAGAUAUGCUCACUUAGAAGAUGGUGAACUUCACUUUAAUGAAGUCAUUCCAUGGGGUGCAGACGCGAUUGUUACCCUGGAGUUCCAUGGAGGUCGUUACGCCCUGAGAGUAUGCAACGGGAAGUACGCGAGUACGUCCGGCAGCCUAGUGGAUUCCCCCACCGACGACAGCCUCUUCAUUCUAGAGUUUCAUGGGGGUAAGGCAGCUUUUAAGCACAGUAGUGGUAAAUAUAUGGCAGCCAUAGGUCCCAAGGCCACUUUACAAUGUGCCAAAUCACAACGAACCAAGCCGGGCAAAGAUGAAGUAUUCGUUCUAGAAGACAGUCAUCCACAGGGUAUAUUAAUUGCUAGCACAGGAAAGGUCGCAUCAACUCGCCAAGGUGUUGAUGUGUCUGCUAAACAUGCCCUCGAUACAGAUGUUGAAGAAGGAACAUUUAACGACAAAGAGACAUGGCAACUGGAAUAUGUGGAUGGUAAAUGGGCAGUUCGUACGGCAGAAGAUAAAUACUGGGAACUGAAACCUACUGGUGGAAUACAAGCAGAUGCCGGUAGCAGAAGCAACAGUGGCUGCAAGUUCGAGUUAUCUCAUCACGAGAACAAGAUUGCUCUGAAGGGUGACAAUGGGAAAUUUGUCAGGCCAAAGGAAAGCGGACAUCUUUAUGCUAAUGCUGAUGGAGCCGAUCCUGCAGAAAAAGAUUUAUUUAUCUUCCAGAUGGUAAACCGCCCUCAAUUGGUUCUGAAGGGAGUGCAGGGCUUUGUUGGUCAUGGGUCAAGAUCUAAAGUGGAAUGUUCCAAACCCCGAUAUGACGUUUACAAGGUCACAUGCAAGGAUGGUUACUACAACUUGCAAGAUUUGUAAUCCCAGUUUAUGGUUUUCAACGCGGACGUUUAUUUUUAUUUCCUUAGUUACUUAAUACAAAAACGAAUUAAUUAAUUACGACCCAAAGUAAAUGAGCAACUAUGCAAAUUAUAUGAUUUUGCAUAAUAAUAUUUCAAGCAGCAUCUAAGUUGCUUUGAUUUAUUUUAAGGUUAUUCACUUUAUAUACUUACAUUAAGUCUACUAAAACAGCACUAACAUAAUUGAAAAUGUCUGUGUCAAAAGAUAUAAACAAAAUAUGGAAUAUAAUACUUUUGUUAAAAUAGUUUAUUUGAGAUACAUUUUAUUAUUUGAGAUACUAUGUCUUUAUUUGAAAAACAUUUUAUUAUUUGAGAUACAUUCUUUAUUUUUGAAGAUUAUUUCUUUACUAUGAAUAGUCCUUUAUUGGUCUUGAGAAGCUAAUGAUAUAUUGUUUUGAAUAUACAGAUUAGAAUAUUGUUACAUAAAGUAGGGCUAGUACUGUUGUUUAGCUUUCUUUUGCAUUUGCAGGUUCAAUAUAUUCUAACAUUGCGUACGUAUACCAAAUCGUUAGCUUUGAAAUAAAAAAAAAAUCGAAAAUCAA